AUGAGUCUGAAUUAUUCCUCCGCCGCGCCCACGCAGAGAUCCACGUCCUUCUUCAUAGAGGAUAUUUUACUGCACAAACCGAAGCCCCUCAGGGAUGUGAUCCCGAGCCCCUUUUGCGGAUCCCUGGCCUCCCGGAUGCCCAUCCUGGAGUAUGGAUACCCACUGAUGCCCACGCCGAUCCUGGCCCCGCAUCCUCACCAUCCGCUGCACAAGCCGGAGCAUCACCAGUACCUGUUCACGUCAGGGAUGCAGAUGCCCGCUCUGUUCCAGCACCACGCAGAGUUACCGGGGAAACACUGCCGCCGCCGCAAGGCCCGAACUGUCUUCUCUGACUCUCAACUCUCGGGCCUGGAGAAAAGGUUCGAGAUCCAGCGGUACCUGUCCACUCCCGAGAGAGUGGAGCUGGCCACGGCGCUCAGCCUGUCCGAGACGCAGGUGAAAACCUGGUUUCAGAACCGGCGGAUGAAGCACAAGAAGCAGCUGCGGAAGGCGCAGGACGACCGAAAGACACCGGGAGAUGUUGACCGCAGCUCGGGACACUGCAGCGAGAGCGAGCUCGACAAGAGCGCGGCGGAGGAGCUCAAGCUCGGACUGGAGGAAGCGGACUCCUUCUUGUUGGACGAGAACGACGACGACGUGGACAUCGAAGAGGACGUCUGCUCGCCGGACCAUCUACGGUAGUCGGCUUGGCGGAAGCUGUACAAAAGCUGUAAAUACUGCGCCAUUUUAAUACCACGCGUAUCAGAGACUGCGUUAUCAUCGUAACAUGCAAGUUUGACUAUCGCCAAAUGUGGAUGGAAUGAUGCCCGAACGAUUAACGUAACCACUAUAAUGUGCAUUUUAAUUUAAUCUCAUAUUAUUUAAAUUUCCAGGUGAAUUAGAGUCACAUGCAACUUCCCGUUUUGAGCCGCGUUCACGGGCGUCAGAAAGGGAUGGUGAACUAAAGCUAUUAUCACUGCUGGGUAUUUAUUUUUAUACUGUUCUAUAUACAUUUUUACUUCCAAGAUUAUAUGGAUAUUCGAAGCUUUCUCUUCUGUUUCUGCACUUUUCAACAGCUCACUGUUAUUUCAUCGUCUGAAUUAUGGGAUUUAUGUUCACCAAUGGUAUUUCUUAACAUUUCCCGUUUGUGUAAAUAAAGUGUACAUAGACAUAUAAAUAAGGUACUUAUAAAUACAUUCUAUCAAUAAUAAAACAUUUCAAGUGGAUUCUGACUUUGAUGACGGCGUCUGUUUCUUUUUGUUUUCACUCGCUGUGCGAACAUUUAUUACU